CCGUGCUACAAAGUUGUUUUGGUCAGUCAAACUACUUGGAAUAUUGAUAUAGUAAAAAUUUUUAUGCACUAAUCCUAAGUUACUUACUAAACGUUGUAAGUUACUGGGAAGCACGACUUUAACAAAUUUAAGUACCGGUACUAGAAAUGUUGGGAUAAGAGAUUCUUAAUAAAUAUUUUCAGUAGUCAAAUAUGCACCAAAGAAAAUUCGUCCCUAAAAUUUAUCAUAAAUUUUUAUACAUACGUCUUUUAAUAAUAACAAAUCAUGGCAGACACUUCUCCAAUUGGAAAAAUUGUCUACAACAUCUUAAAUACCCCCAUUCCAAGCUCCUUAAUAUAUCCACUCGUGGCAUUUGUAACCACUUUACUGUCAAGAGCCAACUACAUAUCUGACCUGGUUCUCCGCCCAAAUCUGUCUGUCUCUGAAACUUAUGCACAUGCAUACGACUUCAUAAUUGUGGGCGGAGGAACGGCUGGAGCUGUCAUUGCAAAUCGCCUUAGUGCAAAUUCAGAAUGGAAGGUACUUUUACUGGAAGCAGGCACUGAUCCACUGAUUCUUAAUGCACUUCCUGCACUAGCGUCAGCAAACUUGUAUCACAAAGACACCGACUGGAAUUAUUUUUCUGUACCACAAAAGAACCACUCGUACGCGUCUUUGAAUCAAAAACUAGGUCUAAGUAGGGGUAAAUCUUUGGGAGGAUGCAGCAAUCUCAAUUUUCUGAUCUACCAGAGAGGAAAUCCACAAGAUUAUGACAACUGGGCUAAUAUUACUGGGGAUAAGGCAUGGGAGUACAAAAACGUUUUGAAAUAUUUCAAAAUUUCAGAAGAUUAUCGUGGCAAUUUUCCAGAUCCACUGGAAAAAUAUCACGGAUUACAUGGACCUCUUAGCGUCAGCAAACAGGGUCAUUCAGUAUUAGUGAAUGAAUGGAUAUCUGCAGCCAAAGAAUUUGGUUUUGAGAGUUCAGACCCAAAUGGUCGACAAACUUCCACAUUUGCCCCAGUUGAUUUCACAGUUAAUCAUGGAAAACGGGCCUCUACCUAUCAUGCUUUUUUAAAGGAAGCUAUGCCAAGGACAAAUCUGAAAAUUAUGCGUUACUCGACCGUGGAUAAGAUUACGAUGUCCGGAAAAAAAGCGGUCGGAGUCAUUUAUACCCGCCAUGGUAGAAAGUUUGAGGUCAGAGUCAAGAAGGAAGUUAUACUCUGCGCCGGAGUAUUUGGAUCUCCAUCAAUUUUGCAAAGGUCUGGAAUCGGUCCAAAGAAUUUAUUGGAAUCUCUGAACAUUCCAGUAGUUCACGACCUUCCCGGAGUAGGGCAAGGACUACAAGAUCACGUAAUGACCAUGGUAGGACCUGUCUUGCUAAAUGACUCUGUAUCCAUUCUGGUAGAUAAAAAAUCAAACCCUUUAUCCUUGAUUGAAUACGUCUUGAAAAGAACUGGACCCUUGGCAUACAAUCCGGCAUCUGUCGUUGGAUUCUUUAGCACUUCCCAACCCAAGGAUCCAUCCUGGCCAAACGCUGCUGUUUAUAUGAACCCUUUCGGAAUACAUAAAUCUUAUGCAGCUGAUAUUGGAACAUCAUUUGCACUAAAGAAGGGAAUUUUGGAACCAUAUAUACGUGGCUUAGAGGACAAACAUGCACUCACAGUUUUAAUGAGUCUAGGCCGGCCUGAAAGCAGAGGCAGUGUGAAAAUAAAAAGCAGUGACCCCGACGUGCCACCAGAUAUUGACCCAAAUUACUACAGUGAUGAGGGAGGCAAAGAUAUUCGAGCCAUGAUAGAAGCAUUUAACUUUGUCGUUAAAUACUUUACAAAAACAACGCCGUGGAUGAAACUGGGGGCAAAUCCUACCCCGAGACACUUUCCAGGCUGUGAGAACUUCCACCUACGAUCCAAUGAGUAUUAUGAAUGCCAUCUCCGUCAUUUUACGGGGUCUAGCUGGCAUAGUUGUUGCACAAAUCGAAUGGGAUCUAAUAUUACCCGUAAAGCUGUGGUGAACUCGAGAUUACGGGUAUUUGGCGUGAAGAAUAUACGUAUCGUUGAUGCUAGCGUGAUGCCUGUUAUCACGAAUGCUAAUUUACACGCUCCUACGAUCAUGAUUGGAGAGAAGGGUGUGGAAAUGAUUAUUCAAGACUGGAAAAUGACACACAUGUAUACUUAAUAUAAAUAAAAUAAAUAAGUACCACACCAUACGAUGAUUUUAAUAA